CUGUUUCGUGUGUUGAUUGGGACCACUUAUAUAAGUGUCUCUUGUCUUACAAGAGAAGUUAGAAAUGAAGAUUAUCAAUUUCCUCCUCUCAUUCUCCCUAUCUUCCUCUCUUGUCUGGAAUUUACAUUUCAAUCGCAAAUCUAUCACUUAAUUCUCUGUUUACAUAUCUGGACCACUACAAGAAGUCAAGUCGCCGAAAUUAUUUGACUUGGUAAAAAAGACUCCGUCAUCAAGUCUUCCCCAAUAAUUUUUAAAUUUUUCUUGAAUACUGAAAAACAUAGUAAGAGUUAGAAACAUGUGGACAUCUUCCAUUUCCAUGUUUGUGUUCCUGGCGUUGAUCAUCCCUGCAACAGUCUCACUGAACUUCAACAUGUCUCCCAUCAGUAGAUCAGACGGCGGCCGCUUCAACUUCACGGGCGACGCUUACAUCGCCGAAGACGGCAUCCAAGUCACAACCAACGAGCACGACCAAGCGCGGGUGGACAGAGCCGGGCGAGCCACCUACCUCGAGACGCUGCACUUGUGGGACAAGGCUUCACAGAAGCUGGCUGAUUUCUCCACUCAUUUCUCCAUCGUCAUAGACUCCUACGGCAGCGACAAUUUCGGCGACGGCCUCGCCUUUUUCUUGGCCCCACAAGGCUCCUCCAUCAAACCAUGGUCAUACGGCAGCCGCCUCGGCCUCGGCCACGGCUCCUCACCAGUGGAUUCGUCUUCCUUGGAGAGUUUCGUUGCUGUAGAGUUCGAUACCUUUCCCAAUCGUGGUUAUCCACCUUCUAAUGGCGGCCCCGUCGUUCCGCAUGUGGGCAUCGAUCUCAACAGCAUCACCUCCGUAGCAACCACCACAUGGUACAACAAUAUUUCUGCAGGCUGGGAAAACAAUGUUUGGGUUACUUACAGUUCUACUACCAAGAUCUUGAGGGUCGAUUUCACGGGCAACUCCAACGGAAUAUUCCGACAACACAACCUCAGCUACGAGGUUGAUCUUAGAAAUUACCUGCCUGAAUAUGUUACUGUCGGAUUUGCAGCUGCCACUGGAGGCUUGUUUGAGAAAAACAAUGUUAAAUCUUGGAAUUUUUCGUCCACUGAUUUGAGCCCUAAUAAGAAGGAGUCCAACAAUAAAAGGGCACUCAUUUUUGGAUCGAGCGGUGCUGCCGUAUCACUACUCAUUCUUGCAUCAGCUACCAUAUUCUGUUUUUUAUCAAAUCGGUACGAGGUGUUAGAGGAAGAUCAGCUCUCCGAUUCUGCUAUGGAUGAUGAAUUCGAAAAGGGAAACGGACCUAGAAGGUUUUCCUACAAUGAAUUGGUUGUUGCAACCAACGAUUUCGCAGCGGAGCAUAAGCUCGGAGAAGGGGGUUUCGGCAGCGUCUACAAAGGCUUCCUGAAAGCGACAAACACAUUCAUCGCAGUGAAGAAGGUGGCUGAGGGAUCCAAACAAGGCCGAAAAGAAUACGAGGCCGAAGUCAAAAUCAUCAGCCAGUUAAGGCACAUGAACUUGGUGGAGCUCAUCGGUUGGUGCCAUCGAAGAGCAGAGCUUCUGCUAGUCUACGAGUUCAUGCCUAAUGGGAGCUUAGAUUCCCACAUCUUCAAACUAAAUUCAUUGCUGACAUGGGAAAUGCGAUACAGAAUUGCACAAGGGCUAGCUUCAGCUCUGCUGUAUUUGCACCAAGGCUUGAGACAGUAUGUAGUGCACAGGGAUAUAAAAUCGAGCAACGUGAUGCUCGACAACAACUUCAACGCCAAGCUGGGCGACUUCGGAUUGUCCCGGCUGGUUGAUCACGAUAAAGAUAUGCAUUCGACCGUGGCUGCAGGGACCAUAGGUUACAUGGCUCCUGAGUAUGUUGCGACGUGGCGGGCGAGCAAGGAGACUGACAUGUACAGCUUCGGCAUUGUUUUACUGGAGAUUGCUUGUGGAAGAAAGCCUAUUGAUCAUAGGUAUCCCCAAGGCCAGAUUGUGUUGGUGGAGUGGGUGUGGAAGCUCUACGGAGGUGGGCAGUUGCUUGAUGCAGCUGAUCCCAAACUGGAGUCGUCAGAAUACGAAGUAAGCAAGAUAGAGCGUUUGAUGGUUGUCGGGCUGUGGUGCGUUCAUCCAGAUAGCACCCAGCGCCCCUCAAUAAGCCAAGUUGUGCAACUUCUCACAUCUGAACAUCGGCUGCCCGACCUCCCUCUCGCAAUGCCCAAGGCCGUCUAUAAUAAUGCACCUCUAGCAGCGAUCAGCGGUUCCACUACAUACUCUGGUUAGACUAAAUUUAUCGGUAUCAAAAGGGGAGACCUGGUCUCCUGCCAUGUGUAUAAGUAAACUAGUAUGUAACCCGUCGAAAUUCGACCGGAAUUAUUUGAUGUUAUUAUUUUUUUUUUAAAUGAUGUAGAAAUUAUUGCAGGAAUAGUACUGUAGAAAAAAUAGUGCCCAUGGCAUUUUCGAAAUUUUCGUUUCAUUUGUGACCAUUUUCCAAUAUUUGACUCUGAUUCACAAAAUUUUUGUUUUUCACUUUUACCUUUUUACUCUAAUGUUUCUAAUACAGUUCAGGUGACGAAAAGAAAAGGGUUCUGCCGUAAGAAUCUACCCCAAAUUCAAUGGUGAAAGUACAAAGUCUGAUCAAAAUUCAACCAAAAAUCACAUUAGAGAAAUCCAUUGCACCAACAAAACAAGGAGGCACGUGCUCAUUCACUGACAUUCACUUCUUCAAGAGUAACAUCUCCACGGGCGUAGUGAGCAUUAUCUUGCACUUGGAUAUCUUGUUAUGACGAAAAGAAGAUGUACUUGUGCUUUCAAAUAAGGUUACUGGUGGGUUGCGUGAUCUGGAUUGUCGUGACAUGAUGCGCUAGCACUUGUUGCGAAAUUUGGACUCCUAGGUAUUUUUCUCACAAUAACUCCGAGGUAUGCAAGAGUUUUCAAGAGUAAAAAGUGAGGUACUUGAAAAGAGUCACAAUAGUUAUGAUUGGUAUGCUAGAGUUUUCAGAGUAAAAAAUGAGUACUUGAAAAAGGAAAUCAUAGAAGACUCGUUGUUUAUGUGGUCGAAUUUACUUCCACAUGUUCAUUGCAGUGGUUAUUCCGAGCAAAAUAAAGGUGAAUAUUCCACAUGAAACAAUGAUGUUAAUAGUUGAAUGAAGUCAUCAACAAUACAACAUUGUAUGCAAAUAUAGUAUUGUUUGUCAUUAACUAAACGGACACACUUGUAUGUACUUUGUACAAUUCUAUCUAUGACUUUUGGUAGUACUGCACCAUGUCAGUGACAUUUCAUUAACGUUUUGAGGUUGUCUUUUGUAUGUGCAUUGUAUAUGCCUCAAUGUAGGUUCCAGUUGAAGGCACUGUGUAUACAUGAUGCAUAAUGUCUUGAUAUUUAAGUAAUUUGUAUUUAAAUUGUACUAUGUAGAUUACUACAAUGUUUAUGAGUUUAUGACUUGUGGAAAUUCUCCUACAAGUCAUAGUAUAAUAUGGCUACACUUGGAAAUGAUUUGAUUA